GGGGGAGCGUAGGCGGGGGCGGGAGUGGGACGGGCUGUGGGCGGGGCCUCGCUGGGGCGGCUUAGGCAUUGGCUCCGUGGGCCGGGGGCGGGGCUUCAGGGGCCAAGGUCUGCACUGUAAGUUCACAGCCGGGUUCGGCUCCCACCGCCGUGCGGUCCAGCUUCGGAGCUUUUGCCGUCCGCUGGUCGGCUGCCUAAGCGCUUCAAGCUCUUCAGCCCCGGACCAGGGAGAGACACUCAGAAGGACAAGACCAGAGAGCACUGCUGCCUAGAAGAUCACCUUUCUGCUUCCAGUUUUUAGAAGAGUUUUCAACCCUUCUGGAAAAGAGUGAUUUUUGUUAUCUCAACCCUCCGACUUCAUCGAUAGUUAAUCUUUCUUUUUCUAAUUCCUUGGGCCAACUUUGGUCACGCCCGACAUCCUAUUCUUAGCCCUUUGGCAAGUUUUUGGUGUCUGGAAACCACCUUCUGGAUGUUUCUGAUUGAGUGGUGAGAGGCCGUGGUCUCGGCCAGUGGACUGUCCCCAGCCUCGGCAGCCGGGCCUGGGUAGUGAGGUCACAAUGUCCACCAAGGCGCCUAUCUAUCUGAAGCGCGGCAGCCGCAAGGGCAAAAAGGAGAAGCUUCGAGACCUGCUGUCCUCAGACAUGAUCAGCCCACCGCUGGGGGACUUCCGCCAUACCAUUCAUAUCGGCAGCGGAGGUGGCAGUGACAUGUUUGGUGACAUCUCCUUCCUGCAGGGCAAGUUUCACCUCCUGCCAGGGACGGCAGUUGAGGGACCCGAGGAGGACGGCACCUUUGACCUCCCCUUCCAGUUUACCCGCACUGCCACGCUGUGUGGGCGGGAGCACCCAGAAGGGCCAUCCCCUCUGCUCAAGAACGCCAUCUCCCUCCCGGUCAUCGGUGGGCCCCAGGCCCUCACCCUGCCCACAACCCAGGCCCCACCCAAACCCCCUCGCCUGCACCUGGAGACCCCUCAGGCCUCCCCACCAGAGGCAGGAAGUGUGGACAUCUGGAGAAUUCCAGAGGCUGGCUCGGCCCGCAAUGGGCUGACUCCUGAAUCAGAAACCGAGGAGCCCUUCCUGUCUCACGGCAGCUCCCUGCUCUCCCUGCACGUGGACCUGGGGCCUUCCAUCCUGGACGACGUCCUCCAGAUCAUGGACCAGGACCAGAUGCCCACAUAGGCCCCCAGGUGGGCCAGGCUGGGCAUCCAGGCUAGUGAAUACCAGAGGCAGAGGGUGGACACGAUCCUGGCCUAGAAGUCGGGAUCCCAAGGGCCCGCCUGUGUGGUCACUGGCCAGCAAUUUCUCACUUGGAGCCUUUGUUUUCCUCCCACCUUCUCCCCAUGGGCAGAAUGUGCCUCAUUGCUUUCCCUUAAAACCCACGAGGACACAUGCAGCACUCAGCCCACGGGUUCCUGAGCCUCGUGGGCUACCUGGACCCCCACUGCCAACUGCUCCUCCUUCCCUCAGAUCCCUCAGACGAAGGCUAUGCUGAAAUGGACUCCCCUUUCAGCUCCCUUCCGCCUCAGGUCCCUCAGAUGCCCUGAUCAAGGGGUGGAGGAAGAGGCAGGGCACAGCCAGCCAGAUUUUUGGUGUCAUGUCCUGGACUGGGAGCGUGGCAUCGGUGAUCAGUGUCCCUCUACCCCAUCCCCUCCCACAUGACCAAGGGUUCUGGUUGCAAUAAAACUUGCUGCUCAUAGUUGUGCUCCCCACACUCUUAGCCCUGAAGACAGGCCAAUCUCUGCCACCUGGGCUGACCCUUGGGGAGACCCCAGCCCUUGUCUUUCUGCCGAGCAGGCCCUGCCCUUUGGAAGAUUGUACCUGAUUCUGAGGGCGGGGGGCUGGGAGGGAUCCAACAGUGCUGAUCAACAGACUCAGCUCAUCAGCGCUGUUUAUUGAGCAUCUACAGUGCACUUGGCCUGCUCUAGGGGCUGGGGAUGCCAGACGGACGCCAUCCCGGCUCUCCUGGAGUUUGCAUUCUAAGAGGGAAGGAUAUUAAAUUUGUAAGCAAGGAAGAUGAUUUCCAACGGUGUUGAUCUAUGAAGAAAACGUGAUUGGGAAUACCUGGGGCAGGGGUGGGGUGGUGUCAGGGGACAUUCAGGGAUCAGAUGUGAUUCUGAGCCAAACGUGGGCUAACAGACAUAUGCUCAGGCAUAAGUAAAGGUACUGAGGCACCAGGGUGAGUGACAGAGAGGAGCCGCUAUGUAGUGAAAAGAUCUCUAAGUCCUACCUAGCCUGUGUGAGACUCAGUUUCCCCAUCUCUACAAUGGAGUCAACGAUACCUGCCUUGUAGGGUCGUUGAGCAAACCAGGGAUAAUGUUUGGUUAUGGGGUGUCAUGUAAAGGAACUGGGGGCUCAGGAAAGGCAGGACUGGGAAGCUGGGAAAGCAUUUUGCAGUCAGAACAGGGUGCUUGCUGGCUGCAGCUGAGGCAAUGGGAGCUGCUGAAAGAUUUUUAAGUUAGAGAGACGUGGUCAGAUCCAGGUUUUAUUUUUAUUUUUUAAACGGCACAGCUCACAAUGGCUCAUUAAGGGAUGGAACCGGCAACCUUGGUGUUACGAGCACCACGCUCUAACCAACUGAGCUAACUGGUCACCCCAGAUCCAGGUUUUACAAGGGUCACCACGGAGGCCAAGUGGAAGAUGGACCAGAGAUCAAAGAGGAGGAAGCCCUUGCAGGCUGAGGAGGACCGGACCAGAUGGGAACAGUGGGGACAGAGAGGAGGGGAAAGCGUAAGGUGGGGCUCGGUGCUGGCCUCAGUGGUCCCCUUUCAUUCUCAGUUGGUUCUAUUCCAUCCUUUUGACCCUCUGAGUCCCAGACCCCACCUCACCCCCAACCUUUCCUGCCUCCAGGUAGAAAUUUCAUACUGGAGGCAGAGACAGAAUUAGACCAGGAGACAUUUUGCUGGGCCACACAGCUUUUUUUUUUUUUUGCAGGUGAUGCAUUUUUUUUAUUGUGGUAAAAUAUAUAUAACAUGAAAUCAAUCAUUUUAACCAUUUUUAUGUGUAUGGUUCAGUGGCAUUAAUUACAUUCACUUUAUUCAGCAACCAUCAUCACCAUCCAUCUCCAGAACGGUUUUCAUCUCCCCAAAGUGAAACUCCCUAUCUAUUCAACAAUAACUCCUCAUUCUCCCUGCAACUGUCUCUGAAUUUGACUUCUCUAGGGACUUAAUAUGAGUGGAAUCAGACAGUACUCGUCUUUUUGUGACUGGCUUAUUUCAUUUAGCAUCAUCUCUUCAAGGUUCAUCCAUGCUGUAUCCUGUACUGAAAUUUCCUUCUUUUUAAAGGCUGAAUAAUAGUCCAUUGCACAUAUACAUCCCAUUUUGUUUAUCCAUUCAUCCAUCGAUGGACAUCUGAGUUUCUUCUACCUUUUUGCUGUUGUGAAGAAGACUGAUGUGAACAUGGGUGUUCAAUAUC